CCGGGCCGCCCGGGGCCGCCGCGGGCGCGGCCAUGUGGGCGCUGCGGGCGCUGUGCCUGGCCGGGCUGGGGGCGGCCAUCGGCGGCGGCGCGGCGGACCAGUGCAGCUGGAGGGGCAGCGGGCUGUCACAGGAGGCUGGCAGCGUGGAGCAGCUGUCCCUGCACUGUGCCGAGGGCUCGCUGGAAUGGCUGUACCCCACGGGGGCCCUCCGCCUCCGCCUGGCCCCCCGCCUGCCCCCCACCAGCGCCGCCGUCAAGGGCAGGAGCCCCCCACACAUCACCGCCUGCAUCAAACCCACCGGGACCUUCCGGGGGGCUCAGCUCUACCUGGAGAGGGAGGGGGUGCUAGAGCUGCUGCUGCCAGAAGCCCCCCGGCCCCACGCCCGCUGCUUCAGCUGGCUGCCCCAGGAGAAGGUGGCUCUGUUCCUGCAGGCCACCCCGCACCCCGACAUCAGCCGCCGCAUCGCCGCCUUCCGCUACGAGCUGCGGGGGGACUGGCUGGCCCGCCCGGCGUUGCCCACCGCCAGCCUCGGCGCCGAAGGUGCGUGCCGGCCGUGCAACGACACCGAGAUCCUGAUGGCCAUUUGCACUAGUGACUUUGUCAUCCGCGGCAGCAUCCGGAGCGUCUCCAACGACGCAGAGCUGCAGGAAUCCAUCAUCGGGGUGAGCGCCACCCGCAUCCACCGCCAGAAAUUCCCGCUCUUCCAGGCGGGCGGGCGGCCGGGGCGGCCGGUGGGCAGCAUCCGCACCCCGCUGCGCUGCGGGGUCAAGCCGGGCCCCGGCACCUUCCUGUUCACGGGGUGGCUGCACUUUGGGGAGGCCUGGCUGAGCUGCGCGCCCCGCUACCGGGACUUCCAGCGCAUCUACGAGGGGGCCCAGCGCACGCACCAGAACCCCUGCGAGUUCCCCGUGGACUGAGCGGCUCCGGGAGUGCAGCCCGGCCCCGCGGGCGCCGGGGGACCACGGUCCUGCCGUCACGGAGAGCAUCCCCGGGGGACACGGGAACGGUGCCCGGAGGGAGCACGGCACACAGGCCUCACCACACAGCCGGGCUGUGGCAGCACCCGCCGUCGGGCUGGGGGGUUCUGGGAAAAUCCUGCUGGAAGGGAAGGGAUUUUCCCAGGGCGUGCUUGUCCAGGGUGCCCAGGGAGCUGCCUGGGUGAGGGGUGCAGCGGCGUGGGGUCGGGGCUCCCAGGGGACCAGGGUGCUGCAUGCUCAGGGGAUGUUGUGGGGCACAGUGGGUCUGGCACUGGGGGGCAGCCGGACCCCCAGACCCUGGCAGGGCUCGGGGGCGGGUGGCCGUGGUGGCUGGUCCAGGGACACAGUAGGCACAGAAGGGACUGGAAGAGCCAGGAGAUGGAUCUGUAAGGUUGGGGGUGGAAGGGGGAGCAGGCAGCGGUGAACCUGGCCCUGGCACGGGCAGGAGCUGCGGGGCGGAUGCUGAGGAAGAGGAGAGAAGCUGAAGGGAGUGAGGGGAGCGGUGAGGUGGGAGGAAGGCUGGUGCGGGGAGCAGAGGUGUCCUUGGCACGGUCAGGGCAGGACCAAAGCGCCGAGGCAGGAAGGUGCCAUGGGAGCAGGGAGAGGUGACCGUGCCACCCGUCCCUGCCAGCCCUCGGGUGAGCGGGGCAGGCCGUGCCAGCCGCGGGGAAUUUUUGACCGUGGGGGUGGGGGGGCAUCGUAUGUGCACUAAAGUUAUAACGAUACCAAAUUUGUGACUUCUUUUUUAUAAACUAAGCUGUAUUUGUAGCGUGUGGCUCCUGUUUUUAGCAAGCUGAGCAGGACAUUCACUGACAGGCACUGCGGUGUGUGUCACCUGCUCCCCUCAGUGCCAGCUCCAGCUGUGACCCUGCCUCCCACGGGGCUGAAACAGCCCUAAUUCUUGGAUAUCUCUCUGUAUGGAGAGAUUUAUUGCUAUUUGCACAUUCUGCACCCCAGUGAUCCCCAGCAUGGGUCACUUUGGGGUCCCUCUCCCUCGGUAUCCCCCGGUGUGGGGACCAGGGGCGGGUGG